UUAGAGCUCCUGCUGCUGAUUGAACGCAGCCCGCUGCUGCUACUGCACUGCUUGGAGAUGGCGGACAGGACGCCAGGCGGGGCUCACAAGGCCAACUCCAAGGCUUUGUUGGAGAGUAAGCUGAAAGCCUUCAGUAUUGGAAAGAUGGCUGUGGCUAAAAGAACCUUGAGCAAAAAGGAACAAGAUGAAUUAAAGAAAAAGGAGGAUGAAAAAGCAGCUGCUGAAAUCUAUGAAGAGUUCCUCGCUGCGUUUGAAGGAGGUGAAGGCAGAGUAAAGACCUUUGUCAGAGGGGGCAUCGCCAAUGCCACCAAAGAGGAAGCUGCAGUGGAUGAGAAGAAAGGAAAGCUCUACAAACCCAAAUCACGUGUUUUGGAGGCAAAAAGUUUUUUGCCGCUUGAAACACCACCACAGUUUCUUGCGAUAGACAAGCGUAAUGCAUCAAAGAAAGGAGAAAAAGAAAAGAAAAAGAGCAACCUGGAGCUUUUUAAAGAAGAGCUGAAACAGAUCCAGGAGGAGCGGGAUGAGCGGCACAGGCUGAAGGGACGAGUCAGUAGAUUUGAACCUCUGUCUGCUAUGGAGGGAAGAAGAUCCUCGGAUGGUUCUUCACGAAGAAACCGUCCGUCCAGUGUUUUGGACGACUCCGCUCCAGGCUCACACGAUGUUGGAGACCCAUCCACCACAAACCUUUACCUGGGAAAUAUAAAUCCUCAGAUGAAUGAGGAGAUGCUGUGUCAGGAAUUCGGCCGCUACGGUCCUCUGGCCAGCGUGAAGAUCAUGUGGCCCAGGACUGACGAGGAGAGAGCCAGGGAGAGGAACUGUGGUUUUGUGGCCUUUAUGACUAGAAGAGAUGCUGAACGAGCGCUCAAACACUUAAAUGGAAAAAUGAUAAUGAACUUUGAAAUGAAACUGGGAUGGGGCAAAGGCGUGCCAAUCCCACCUCACCCAAUUUACAUUCCUCCCUCCAUGAUGGAACACACCCUGCCCCCACCGCCCUCCGGCCUGCCCUUCAACGCUCAGCCCAAAGAGAGGCUGAAGAACACCAACGCCCCCAUGCCUCCUCCACCCAAGAGCAAAGAGGAGUUCGAGAAGACUCUGUCGCAAGCCAUAGUCAAAGUGGUUAUCCCAACAGAAAGGAAUUUGCUCUCUCUCAUCCACCGAAUGAUCGAGUUUGUGGUGCGUGAGGGACCCAUGUUUGAGGCCAUGAUCAUGAACCGAGAGAUCAGCAAUCCUUUAUACAGGUUUUUAUUUGAAAAUCAAAGCCCAGCUCAUGUGUAUUACCGGUGGAAGCUGUAUUCUAUACUGCAGGGAGAUUCCCCAACCAAAUGGAAAACAGAAGACUUUAGGUUGUUUAAAAAUGGCUCCUUAUGGCGGCCGCCUCCUCUGAACCCGUACCUUCAUGGCACUCCUGAGGAAGAGGAGGGUGAGGAGGAGGAGGAGGAGGACGAAGAAGGCAGCAAGAAAGGCUCUCUGAAGGACGAAGAGAGAGAUAAGCUGGAGGAGACUCUUCGAGGGCUCACCCCGAGGAGGGGCGAUAUUGCAGAAGCCAUGCUGUUCUGUCUCACACACGCCGAUGCUGCUGAAGAAAUCGUGGAGUGUAUCACAGAGUCUCUGUCCAUCCUUAAAACACCGCUGCCCAAGAAGAUUGCGAGGUUAUAUUUGGUGUCAGAUGUUCUGUAUAACUCUUCAGCUAAAGUCUCGAAUGCCUCCUACUACAGGAAAUUCUUUGAAACAAAGCUCUGCCAGAUAUUCUCUGAUCUUAACGCCACCUUCAGGACGAUACAGGGUCACUUACAGUCAGAGCAUUUUAAGCAACGGGUCAUGUCGUGUUUCCGGGCGUGGGAGGACUGGGCGGUUUAUCCCGAUCCAUUCCUCAUCAAACUCCAGAACAUUUUCCUGGGACUGGUCAGUCUGGAUCCGGAGAAAGAGACCCCCGUCGAGGUGCCAAUGCCCGAGGAGCCGCCACCGACAGAGGAUAUAGAUGGUGCCCCGAUUGUGGAGGAGGAGCUGGACGGCGCUCCUCUGGAGGAUGUUGACGGCAUGCCUAUUGAUGGAGCUCCUCUGGAUGGAGCUCCGCUGGACGACCUGGAUGGAGUUCCUAUAAAGGGGGCAGAGGAUGAACUGGAUGGAGUUCCCUUCGAUGGACCAAAGCCAACCUUUAAGAUGGCUCCAUCUAAAUGGGAGGAGGUGGACGGAUCUGCACUGGAAGCACAAGCUGUAACCACAUCAAAGUGGGAGGUAGUUGAUAUGCCAGAAGAGUCAGAAAAGAGUGAGGAGAGGAAAACACACGAAACCGCUGUAAAAGAAUCUUCGUCGAAGAGUUUGUACGCCUCAGAGCAGCCGUUUCACUCGCAGCCUGUUAAAGAAGAAUAUCAUGAAUCCAAAUCCAGCAAGCUGUCGGAGAUGAGUGAGGAGAAGCGAGCUAAACUGCGGGAAAUCGAGCUGAAAGUGAUGAAGUUUCAGGACGAGCUGGAGUCUGGAAAACGGCCGAAGAAAUCGGGACAGAGUAUUCAAGAGCAGGUGGAGCUCUACAGGGACAAGUUACUACAGAGGGAAAAGGAAAAGGAGGUGGAGAAAGAUAAAGAGAAGGAGAAAGAAAAGAAGGAGAAAGAGAAAUCUGAAGUGUCGCACAAAGAGAAGGAGAAGGAGAAGGAGAAGGAGGAAUCUUCAUCAAGCAGAAAAGAGAAGAAGCGCAGGCACAGUCCCUCCCCCAGUCCCACCCGCAGUAGCUCCAGCCGGCGUGGCCGGUCCCCCUCCCCACGGUCCGAGCGCUCAGACAGAUCCUACACCAAGGACAGCUCACGCACCUCCUACAAAGACUCGCCACGGGAAAGCAGCCGGAAAACCUCCAAAAGGUCGCCUUCCCCACCCGCUACACCCAAACGGUCCCGCAGAUCCAGAUCAAGAACGCCCAAAAAAUCCUCCAAGAAGUCCAGGUCCCGCUCGCGAUCGCCACACCGCUCUCACAAAAAAUCCAAGAAGAGCAAGCACUGAAGCACAGCUGCAGCUCCAGAACAGCUGGAUUCUCUUUUUGUGCCUGAAUUUCGUCCUGUAAAUCCGUGUGGGAUUCGUUCCCCAUUCAGCCUCUUUAAGUCCCUUUGACCACUCCCGUCUGCACGUGUCCAGUGUCCUCACAGGUCUACACAGGGGUAUUUUAUAUUGUGAAUAAGGGGCUUCCUCUGACGUCUUAAUUUCGCACAGCAGGAAAAUAAGAGGCGACGUCUCAGAACUAUGGUAUUAUUUUUGGUCAUGGUUUUUAGAUCCCUGCAAAAUGACUUAAAUUAAAAUAGUGUGUAUGUUUUCAGUUGUAUAGUUGUUUUGAUUUUCAAUAAAGACACAGCUUAUGUGACUCCUCUGA